AUGCAAGCUAUUCUCUAUUCAAAGAAUUCGAGAUCUGGUGUUAGAAUUGCCACCGUUCCACGCCCAUCUCUAAUGUCAACACAGUAUGAUCCUACUUCCACUGGUGUCAUUCGUUUCUGGCAUUUUCGAAUAAUCGAACUCAUCAGCACUUUUAUGAGCUAUUGCAUGUGUCUACUGCGUAGGUUACUUCCAAGUAUACCAGGUCCAUAUGGUGAGAUAGCUGAUCGUCAGUGGGUAUUAUGUCGUGUUUAUUGUGGCGGUGUCAAUCCAGUAGAUGCAAAGUUCCUUUACGGCGACAAACUACCACACUUCUUGCUGCCUCUUGUUAAAUGGUUUGUUGAAGGUCGAAUCUGUGGCAUUGAUUUCAGUGGUGUGGUAGUCGAAGCACCGUCUGAUUGUGGAUAUGCACCUGGAGAUGCUGUAUUUGGAACAAUUCCUCCAUUUUGCGGCUCAUUUGCUGAAUAUGUACGAGCACCAACUGAUUUUAUUAGUCACAAACCAAGGAACGUAUCAUUUGUUGAAGCGAGUGCACUUCCAUUAGUAGCUUUGACUACUAUGCAAGCGUUUGAUGACAAUAAUUUAAAGAUUGGACAACAUGUUCUGAUUCUAGGUGCUUCGGGCGGAACUGGUCAUAUAGCAGUACAAAUAGCUAAAACUAAAGGAGCCAGAGUUACUGCAGUGGCUGGUUCACGUAACGUCGAUUUCGUCAAAGAUCUUGGCGCAGAUAAUGUCAUUGCUUACGAUGGAUCUGAAGAUGUUUUACAGGCUUUACAAACUAUAACAUCGCGCCAUGGUUCAUUCGACUUGGUCUUUGACGCUGUCUCCUCCCACGACCCACGAGAUGCAAGUUUUGCUUAUGAAAGCCGAAUUCGUAAUCUAAGACCUCCAUUGUUGUCUGGAAUGUAUAUUUUUAUUGGAGGCGUCCCCAAAGACUGGGUAUUUGCGCACUUAAAGCGAUUUUUGGGUGUCGACUGCUUCUCAUCGGGCAGGCAGCUAUUUUGGGUGAGGUUUCCUGAUAGUGCUAAAAGACUCAAUUCACUGCGAAGGUUUUGUGAGGCGAAGCAAAUUAAAGUCAAAAUAGCAAAUUGCGUGCCAUUCACAGAGGAGGGUGUUCAAGAAGCAUUUCGCUUGCAAAUGAAUCGUCGUGUAGUUGGUAAAAUAGUCAUUAAAAUUGCUACUGGCAUUGAGUAG